GCUGGCUGGCUGCUCUGGCCUGUUUGAAAUUGGCUCUAAAGACGUGGAAUUAGUAGGCAAAGUCGCCUCCGCCUCCUCCUCUUACCUGCGGAGGAGAGAUCGGUUCCUGGCUGGCCGGGGCAGUGUCAUCGAUACAGCUGGUGUCAUCGUUACCUUCCACUAACAGAUCACUCGACACCCGUGGCCCCGGCAGGGCUGUGCCUGGCGCUGUCCCGGGAGCUGGAGCUUUGACCCUCCCAUUGCCCUGAACCCCAGGCCAGCCGGCAAGGCGCUGCUGCGAUGCGGCGCUUGGAGACCCAGCAGGACUAGAUUGUUCCCGGUACCUGCCUCCCCUUAGGGACCCAGCCGCCUCUCGGCUUCCUGCUGCCUGGCUGGCCAGGCCCGUUGCUGUCCGGGCAGAGGAGAUGAGUUUGCUGCUUGCUGGGAGCUGAGGCAGUGACAUGCUGCUCAGAGAAGGGGCUCUUGGGGAGGCCCUGGAGUGAGGAGCCGGGUGAGGAGCAGCCCGGGGUGCCCGGCCGUCCGGGCUUUGCUGGUGUGGGCACCGGGUGGCAACAUGCUGCAGCAGAUCCUGCACGACAUGUACAUCGACCCCGAGCUCCUGGCCGAGCUCAGCGACGUGCAGAAGCACAUCCUCUUCUACAAGAUGCGCGAGGAGCAGCUGCGGCGCUGGCGGGAGCGCGAGGCCUGGGAGGCCCUGGCCCAGGCGGAGGGCCUCAGGCCCCCGAAGGUCAAGCGAGCGAGUGACAAGCACAUCCAGUGGCUGCUGGGGGAAGAUGGCGAGGUCUGGGUCUGGGUCAUGGGAGAAGGCCCCGGCGACAAGCCCUAUGAAGAGAUCUCUGAGGAGCUGAUUGCAGAGAAGGCACGGCUGCAGGCACAGAGGGAGGCCGAGGCGCUCUGGAGACAGAAGGAGGCAGAGAUCACCAAGAAGUUCCGGGAUGCUCUGGCCAAUGAGAAAGCCCGGAUCAUGGCGGAGAAGUGGAAAGUGGAGAUGGAGGACCGCAAGGCUGCCAAGGCCCUGGAGGAGCGCAUUCACGAAGAAUUCAGGAGGAAAGAGGAAGAGGAGCGGAAGCGAGGAGAAGAGCAGAUCCGCCGCCAGGAGGAGCAGAGGGCCAGGGAGCUGUACUGGACGCUGAAGCAGGCCCAACUGCAGAGCCAGGCCAGCGAGAAGGAGGAGCGCGAGUGGGAGGAGCAGCUGCGUCGGUCCAAGGCCGCUGACGAGGAGAGAAGGCGCCGAGCCCAGCGCGCCCGGGACGAGUACCGGCGCCUUUCGCUUCGUGCCAUCCAGAAGGGUACCGUCGCUGGCCUCAGCUUCAUGUUCCAAGAGCUUGGCCAGACCCAUGAGCAGGAGGCCAGACUCUACCACCACUUUCCGGGCCCAGGGCCGCUGCUGCCCCUUGCGGUGCCUGUCAGGACUUGGGAGCGCCCUCUGCGUCCUGUCUCCAGAGAAAUCAUAGUCCGCUGGUUCAAGGAGGAGCAGCUGCCUCGCCAAGCUGGCUUCGAGAGGAACACCAAAGCCAUCGCCCCCUGGUUCCAUGGAAUCAUUAGCCGAGAGGAUGCAGAAGAUCUCCUCGAGAACAUGACCGAGGGAGCGUUUCUGGUCCGGGUCAGUGAGAAAAUCUGGGGCUACACCCUCUCCUACCGCCGGCAGACGGGGUUCAAGCACUUCCUGGUGGAUGCCUCCGGGGACUUCUACAGCUUCCUGGGAGUGGACCCCAAUCGCCAUGCCACGCUCACCGAUCUCAUUGAUUUCCACAAGGAAGAAAUCAUCACUGUUUCAGGAGGAGAGCUGCUGCAGGAGCCCUGUGGCCAGAGGGACAGCCCGCCAGACUACCAUCUGCUGUUUGAAUGACGUUUUCCCCUUAGCCACUGGACUCCUUUAGGUAUUCUUUUUUGAACCCAAAAACUUCUCAGCUCAAAUCCCUAUGGCCUUCUGGAAGAUUCACCACCAUCCAGAGGAUUAAGUAGAUUAGAAUGUCUCAAGAGAUAUGGAAGAUAUGGCCUAUUGUGCUGCCGGCCCCUGUCCCAUUGCCCAGGGCAGAAAUGGCUACUAGUUGAUGCAGAUCUUUCAUGAUGAGUUUGGAUAGGUUGUCAGAAGAUGAAGCCUAUUUGUUGUGGCUGCUCUAAACUCAGCUCCCAGAGCCCAUGGAUCAUGUUUUUAUAAUCCAAAAUAAUGCCAGUGCCGAACUCUGAAUUCAACAUAUGGUGUCCAUUCAAUAAACGUUUGUUGAAUGAA